AUGGCUGGAACAGUGCAGCAGCUAAGUAUUGAAGAGAAAAUUAACGAGGAUUUUUUAUUCUUUUUAGAACAUUUUAAAGCAGCAUUUGAUUCGUUAAAAUCCGAAAGUGAAAAAGAGAUAUGCAAAAAAUGGUUACAUAAACUCGCAAUUGAACCGUAUAAAAAUACAAAUGAAAAACAAGCACGUAAUAUAUAUUUGUCGCAACUUAUUUUAAGUAUGAACACCCGUAAGAUGACCACUCCGUUCAACGAAACCCCAAAACCGGGUCCGUUGUCUUUGGAUGGCGUAUUUCCGGAAAUAACUACCAAAGCCAGCCUGGAAGUCGAAAAAGAAAAAGAAAUGAACGAAAACAAACAGAAAUGGACGAAAUUCGUUAAAAAUCGAGAAUUGGAAAUGGUCGACUUGAAUCAUUUGUCCAACGAUGGGCGUACUUACUUAGCGUGCAAGACUUUGCCUGAAAAUGCCGGAUUGUUUGCAUACGUUGCCGUGACGGUGGGUGGAAGUACAGGCUGUUGGGUUAAUUCAUGCGGUCGACCAAUCCAAACACCUGUAGUGAAACCGAUAGAUUUAAAAGUGGAAGUGUCCAACACACCGAAAAGUAACUGUGAGCAAGAGGACAAAGUGUAUCAACUGACAGCCGAAGUUAGAACCAUUUUGUCAAAUCGAAGGUCAAAAGAAUCUCGGACCUUGACUUAUGAAUUUUUCAAAAGAUUACAUAAUAACAUUGAACAGGAAAUGUUGUCAGAAGAGGAUCCUAACAGUACUGCUUGCCACGAUCCAUACAUUGAGAAGCUACUUGAAAAAUUAAUAGCUGAAAGCAAAGGAUGUGAUAACUUCAACCCACAUUUAUUCAAACGUAUAAAAAUGCUUUCGAUGUUGAAAAAAAGAGUGAAGAAUAUACUACAAGAAAUCGAAGAGCGUGAAGAAAAACUUCAAAACCUUGUAAUCGCUUCGACUUCUCCAAUACUAUCUCUACUUAGCCCAGCCUCAACCUGUUCAAAUUCCAUGACCGAAAUGAUGUGGCAAGGAGCAUUAAUGGAAAAACCCACCAGCAAGAUGGCCGAAACGCUGGCCAAGGCAUAUCCCGUAUGUCUGGUUAAAAUGUUGUUGGCACUGUUGGCGCGGGAACGUCGGAAAAUCAUAAAUCAGCUGCAGGAAAAGCAAGAAAAAUUGAUAGUUUCCGUGAAGAAAGAUCUACACAACGAAAUCAAAAGGGGCAUAAUGGCUUACAAGGUGGCCAGAAAAGAAUGGGUGGACGUGAUGCGCGUCGUGAUGCAUUACAACAAGAUAAAAGAAAGUCUGGCCGAAAAAGACAUCGGAGGCAGUUCGAACAGUACCAAAGGCGAUUAUCUGCAGGAAACGAUAAUGAAGGAAAUCGAAGACACCAUGAAGCGACUGGAGAAAGGAAACGGGAAAAAUGAAAAGCUGGUAGACGACAUUUGUGAGUUGAACAAGUGCAUACACGUGAUUACGGAAAAAAUAGAGCUCGAACGAGUGCAAGCCGAAGACCAAUUGCGCGAUUUUCAAAACGAAAUAUGCACUGAAAAAAGUUUGAUUAUGAAUAGAGCCCAGACUAUUACGAAAUUAGAAAAAAUGGUAAAAGCGACGCAAAAAUAG